AUGAGAGAAACAGACGAUCAGUCAAUCUUUGCAUGGACAAAGACUGAUUUGCUGACUUUGAAAAGCACAACUACGGAGGAUUAUCUGUCGGGCCUUUUAGCAGACUCUCCGAUGCACUUUCUGAAGAGCACGGGAAUCAGACCGCUGCCACCAUUGCUUUCUGGGGAGACGAUGCCAACAACGAUCUCCAACCAAGGCCUCAAUCUCAAGCUAUAUCUUCGGCCGAUUAAUGGGGAGGGUGGCACACAAUCAUCAGACAGGUUUCAUGCCAUUCUGGACUGCAGCAGAACAAUACAAGGUGUCGAGAGCUCUCCCGCCAUCUACCUCAAGCGCCUUUGGGGAAAUCAGUACGCACGUAUACUGCCUGAAUCCAUUGAACUCCUCAAGCCUCCCGGCCUUGAGGUACCAUUGGCCGAGGAAGGUUAUAAGACCGUCAACGUCCGCCAGAACCCUGUACACUUAGUACCGGACUUCAAUGUCAAUCCGGAUUCUCUUGGGCCCCGCCGUGUAAAAGCCGCAUAUCCCCGGAAUCGAUGGGAUUCAUCUGCCUGGAUAUUGAAAUCGACGUAUGGUCAAGUCGGAGGUGUCAUGGGAAUCAUCGAGCUCGAGGAUCUUCGUUCCGAAAGGAAUUCUAGUACGAUCACCGUCUUUGUGGGGAUUGAGGCGUCGAGUGGAGCGCAUUAUAAACCGUGGUGUAUGCCUGUAAAACGGCAAGGAGGAUUCUCCAUGAAUUUUCUCUUCGAGAUGGCCGAUGAAUCGGCGCGAAACGGAAGGCUUUUUCCAAAUACGUUUGGCUCCCCAGAGAACGUAUGCGUGGCACAAGUUUCCGAGAUUGUCAGACAUGGGCGUAGCUACGUUUCGCUCACAGUCGAGGACGUUCCAGAGCUUGGCUACUAUCAUUUUCAACACGAUCCUGCUCUUAACUUUGCACCUGCGCGAGAGGUCGCUGGACCUGUGGACUGUGCCCGAAAGCUUGCAAGAGUCCUUCAGCCUUCUACAGUCGAGGACUUUGGGGCUUCAAGCCUUUUUGAGGGAUCCUUCGUUGGCAAACGCAUCGUAAGGGUCCGGCCGGCGGAGCAGUUGCUGAGCUACACGGACGAUCUUCUCCAAAGGGUUCCUGAUCAGAUUGAAACCGAUAUGAAGGAAGAUAUGUUUGAUCUAGAGGACCAGCAAAAGGCCAAGAAAUUGCUGGGAUUCUGUCGCGAUGGGGAGCUCGACAUGGUCAAACAAAUGGGCUCUGUCAAAACCCUUCUAGAAGUCAAAACCAUUAACUUUUUUGGGUUCACGCCGCUUCAUUGGGCUGUUUUCGGGGGCUACGUCAAACUCGCCGAGUAUCUACUGGAGCAGGGCGCUUCCAUGAUGCCUGGCUCGGAGUUCAAAUCUGCCAACACGGCUCUAGCACCUAUUCACCUGGUCGCUAUACUCGGACAAGACGAGUUUUUGGGCACUUUACAGAAAUACGUGGAUAUGGAUCCCAAAUGGCUGGAGACAACAACUUCACCGUGCCUUGAUUUCUUGUCACACUUAGUGGUUAUGUCAGACAGGUUCUCGGAAGGUCUGCUGCGAGCAUUCACCGCUAGAAGAACAUCCUUAACCUACUAUGGUAACGACGCUAACAUGCUGGGAGAGCGUCCAAUGCACAGGGCCGUAGCGACGCGCAACAGCCGAGCCUUGCAAUCCUUGCUCAAGCAGUGCAACGUGGACAUUAAUUUGAACAUGUUCACUGCCAAUGUGUUCAUGGCGAACUGGGGAUUUUUUGAUCAUUGCCAGAGGUCAGUGGUCUGGCACGCAGCUGCAUCAGGAUUUGCUGAGGGUAUACUUUUGAUGUAUCACGAAUUGUACAUCAUACGGGACUAUCUGGAUCGUCCAGACGACAUGGGAGUCUCUCCAAUGCACAUUGCUUGUAGACAAGGCCACGAGAGGGUGGUGGAGAUGCUUCUUUCUCUUGGCGCAAAGGCGAACGGAAAAGCGACGUUGGGACUAACGCCUGCUCACUUCGCGGCCUUUUUCGGCCAUGCUGCAUGCCUUCAGAAGAUGGCAUAUCAUGGUGUAGACUUGGAUACUCCGGCAAUCCACCUUCAUGGACUUCGACCACUCCAUCUCGCGGCUCUCCGCGGGCAGCUUGAGUGCGUUGAAGUUCUUAGUAGGUCCGGAGCGAAUCAACAUUCUCUGGCGUAUGCCGUUUUUAAGACUCACAAGGAGUGGUGGGAGGAAGGGAACGUGGAUGAUAUGGAAUGGACCGAGUUGGAUUCUCCUAUGACACCAAUAGGCAUGGCGUUCUUGAGAAAUCAUUCACUUGUAGCCCAAAGGCUAGCACAUUGGAAGAGCAAUCCUGCAAAGGGUUCUGUGCCCCAUCGGAGGCGGGAGGAAAACCAUAUAGUGCGUGCCGAAUUGCCGGCAUAG